UACGGUUUUACCCAGCAUUUACCCGUGGUACGUGAGAUGGUGCGCGGGUCGGUUUGAGUUUUUGAGAAUUUUAUCGAUCAAUCGUCGGAUUUAAUGAUUUUUUCAUUGAUUUUACUGAGUGAAGGAAUGAUCAUUGUGAGGAAUUGAAUACAAAGUGGGGAAACGGAUGUUGAGGUUGGGGACAAUACGUUCGUUAGUCGCCGCGUGUGUCGGUUCUUAUCCCCCCACUGACCCCCUCCCCCUCCGAUCCGCUGCCCCCCUCCCCACCCGGACUACAAUAUUUGCGUUACGGAAACGUCAACUGCGCCCUCUUUGUUUUGAGGGAUUUUAGAGGAUUUUGUCGAAUUUUUGAAAAAAAAUUUCGCCGCUUUUUAGGUGCGACGGAGCGCUGCUCAAUUUUGGGUCUUAAUUUCCAAAUUUCAAGUUAAUGCGUCAUUUUUUCAUGUGAAUUUUGUAAAUUGAGUGCAACACAUGGUGGGGACACGUGAGAGAAUAAAAUUUUCAAGUUUUUGUCGAUAUUUAUUGGUGAACAAAGAUGGGAUAAAUUAAUUGAUUGAGAAAUAUCAAUUAACUUGUUGAUUUAUGGAGAAAGUAAUGAUCAAAGAACGGUAAUAAUGAUCUGUGAGAGUUGUAAUGACUUCGUUUUGUGAAUUUCGAAGGACUCUGGUGUGUGUUGAAAUAAUUGAAAUACUGUCUGUGAUAAUUAAAAAGUAAUAAUUGUGGUAAAUUUAAUUAAUUUAAUUGAUGAUAGUAAAAAGUUGAUACGUGGCUUGAGACAAAGGGAUUUACCGAUGUACGUCGAUUACGGUGGUGAGACGCAACACAUCGGAAUGGGAAUCAAGGCCAUGAAGUCGUUCGGCAGGCCCAGAGAUAUCCCGGCGCAAGUGCCACCAUUAACGCCGGGUACAAAUAAAAAAAUGACCGAGGCCCUGAAGGCCUCAUUCGCAUCCUGGGAGAAGGAACAAGUUCGCCUCAACAUAACCAAAGAUCCGAGGCAGUGGUCAGAGACAGCAGUGGCUCACUGGCUUCACUGGGCAAUAAGGGAAUUUUCGCUGGAGGGUGUGGCAAUGCAGCCCUGGCAACAACUGACUGGUAAACAGAUCUGUGCGAUGGGAAAAGAGUCCUUCCUGGCACGUGCACCAGCCUUCAUGGGUGACAUCCUGUGGGAGCACUUGGAGCUGCUCCAAAAAGAAGAUGAAGUAGAGAAGGCCUCACUGGAGAAUAUGCCGGCGAAUCUCUAUGAGAGCGUCUGUGUCCCCGAUCUGGAGAACUUCCUAGGCUAUCAAGGAGCCAACAACUCAGUGACAACACCAGAGCACAAAAGUCCAGCAACUCCAGCGAACUCCACUACCUCAGCCUCAUCAGGACCCCGGAAUCCAUCUCAGCCACAGCCAUCAUCAGCCCUCCAGCAGACACUCACCAGUGUUCCGGCCCUACCCCCGAGGUCCUUUGAUGGUGGUUACAAUCAUUUACGCAGUCCCGUAUGCCAAGAUGAUAGCCAGAGAGAUGAAACAUCACCACCACCGCACAAUCACAACUCUCAACAACAAAAUUCUCACUCAACAACACCAACUGGCAAUCAUAAUAAUAAUAAUAACAACAAUAACAACAAUAAUAACGCGAAUAAUGCAUAUAUACAUUUACGGAAUUUGAAUCAGCUCAAAGCGGAAGCAAACUACGGUAGCCACCAUAUAUCCGAACACCUGCAGAGCAGUGGUGGUGGUGGUAUGCCAGGUGGUGGUAGUGGCAAUGAUCUCGGUGCAACUGCUAAUAACGAGAAUGAUUUACGGGUCAAUAACGCACCAACAGACAGUUACAUGACACCAGCCCAUUACUCAGGUUACGACGAGUCAUCGGAGUAUCACAAUCUCCAACAGGAGCAUCAAACAUCCCAUCCUUAUAAUUUGGAUGGCUCCCCCGAGUUUUAUGGUACAAGUGGAAUUCAUUUGGAGCCAAAAUAUCAGCCACCACCGUUUAAAAAUUAUCCGAGAAGUCGUUAUCACGAGGGAUACAGUGAGGGAAGUUAUGGACAAUAUGAUCAAACACCUUUUCAAACUGUUCCUGGGAGUGGCAAUCCAACUGGCGGUUCCAAUCCUGGGGUGGGGGCUGAACAGUGGGGGGUUGGACAACUUGGUGAACAUUUAUCUCAUCAUCCAGCUUUUUUGGCGGGUUUAGCACCACGUGACUCAACGAAUCCUCAUCAUCCAGCGUCGAUUGCUAAUAAUCCUGAUCAGAAACCGUUGCUGCAGAGUGCUAUGCUGGCUGGAUACACUGGUGGUGGCCCAUGUUUCACUGGAUCUGGUCCAAUACAACUGUGGCAGUUUCUCCUAGAAUUACUCACUGAUAAAUCGUGUCAAGGUUUCAUAUCAUGGACUGGUGAUGGUUGGGAAUUCAAAUUAACUGAUCCCGAUGAAGUGGCUCGUCGCUGGGGUAUACGUAAAAAUAAACCCAAAAUGAAUUAUGAAAAAUUGAGUCGUGGGUUACGUUACUAUUACGACAAAAAUAUUAUCCACAAAACAGCCGGAAAGAGAUACGUCUAUCGCUUCGUUUGUGAUUUGCAGAGUCUUCUUGGAUACAGUCCGGAAGAGCUACACGCAAUGGUGGACUUGAAACCAGAGAAGAAGGAAGAAGACUGAGACUGUAUUUUUUUUUAAUAUCAUCAGGAACGUGCAUAUCGGGACACAUGUGUUGUCAUAAUAACGAAUUUUGCCCCGAAAAUUCGUUCAAUUUUUAUCUCAAUUUAUUAGUUUUUUCUCUUUUUUUUUAAUUAAUGAAAAGAAAAACACUCAAGUUGGUUGCAAAACAUCCAACUGACAACGUGAAAAAUCUGAGAGAACAAAAUGAUAGUAACACUCGGUUUAACUGUUGACACGAAUUUUUAACGUGUCUACUUUGUUCAAUUAAUUUCUUUUUUAUUAAUGGAAAAAAAAAUCUAAUCGGUCGUACGUACCAAAGACAGGGUCCGCAUACCAUUGGUGCCUAAAAAAAAUGAAUAAUAAAUAAUGAAAGAGAAAAAAAAAUGUGAAAGUAAAGAAAUUCUUUUUUAAUACGUUGAACUAUGAAAUUGCGAUGACGUUUAAGUAAUUUCUAAAAAAAAAACCGUAAUGAGAAUUAUUACGAACUUGUUUAUCUUUAAAAGUGAUUUUUUGAUUUGCCACAAAAAACCAAGAUUUUUAGAUAAAUAUUUAUAGGAAAAUAGAAAAAGCGUAAAAAAAAUUUAAAAAGUAAAAAAACGACUCGACAAUUUAUACAUAUUAUAUAUAUUAUACAUAUAUAUUUUUAAUGUUACGUGAUUUUUAAGCACUCCCAGUGCAUCGUAAAUCUUCAUCUUAAGAUCAAAGAAAGAAACAAACCAUGAACGAAUGAGAAAUAAUUGAUUAGAAGGAUGCGAUCUAAAUUAUUUAUAUCCCAUCAAUUUUUAACAUGUGUGUUAAACAUCUCGUUGAUAGUUGAACACGGUAUGUGAUUGUUAUUACUCUAAUUUUACUACAAUAAAAAAAAUUCAUUAUACCUUACAAUUAAAGAGAAGGAAGAAAAUAAGAAAGUCAUUUGUACAAAUAA